AUGACGGUUCAGCUGGACUCUCCGACGAAAGAAAAGAGCCGCUAUGUCGAAAAGUAUCUACAGAGCCUUGGAUCUGCAGAAAAGAGUGGGACAAACAGUAGGACGCUGCUGCAGGCUUCCCCAGCAAAGAUAAACUCGAGCCCCCUGAAAGACGAAGCUAGCGCGGAGAAGAAGAGCGACAAGCCUCUGAGUAAGAGAACGGGGGGUUUUCAAGGUGGGACCAAGGUCAAAGGUGGCAUAUCCAACAACCCGUUCUUGCUGCAGGAUUCGGAAGUCAAACAUGAUUCCCCGAAUAUCAGUCCGGCUAGGAGCGCAGUGGCGAAGGGCAGCGCGAAAAAGCCACUGCAAGCCGCUGCUAAGACUAGACCUGAGAACGGCAAUGUGUCUCAACCGAAUGAGUCGCGGCGCGAAGCCGCGCAGCACGAGGUAUCGCCUAAAGCACAGAAAAAAGUGGACACUUCAGGCAUGUCGAGAGAGACGCUACGGUACUACGAAUUUCUCUGUAGAGUUGGAGAGGCAAAACGUUGGAUUGAGGAUGUGAUCGGCGAGACGAUACCUGGAGAACUCGAGUUGGCAGCUGGUAAUUCAAUGCGCGACGGCUAUUUUUUGGCGAAGGUCACUCAAACGAUUAAACCUGAUCUUGCACCUACAAUUGUACCUCCUGGUCGGUUGCAGUUCAAGCAUACACAGAAUAUUAAUGCUUUUUUUUCGCUGAUGGAUUUGGUAGGCGUACCGGACCUAUUUCGAUUUGAACUGACCGACCUAUACGAGAAGAAAGACGUUCCAAAAGUUUUUGAGACUUUACAUGCAGUCGCGAACAUUCUCAAUAGUAGGUUCCCCGGCGAGAUUCCUGAAAUUCACAACCUUUCUGGGGUACUGGAGUUCUCUCCCCAGGAACUGAAAGAAUGUAAGCAGAAGCUCCCUAAUGUUCGUAACUUUAGGUCAUUCAAAGCAGAUGGUGCAACCAACGCUUCUUCGGAAAAGCUUCCCCGCAAUGAGGGCUUAAUAAAAGAUUGGAAUCCUAGGUCCCGAGAGCUAGAACCAGCGUUAGUACUAGGCUCAAAAGGAACUGCUCCAGAUGAAGACGAAAAGUUUGUGGUGGAAGUCACCCCGGAACCUGAGCCUGAACCCGAGCCCGAGCCCGAGCCCGAGCCCGAGCCCGAGCCGGAACCAAAACCAGAAUCCAAGCUUAACCCAGAACCAGCUCCAAAGCCCCAGGCACAACCAGCUCCGCCAGAGGUCAUUGUCGUGAAUGAUGUGUCGCCGAAGGUUCCGGACAGACAGAUGCCAACACUGGAGGCACAGCGAGUACCUGACUUACUGCACAUGGAUCAUUCUGGAAUGGCUAACGGCUUCCCAAGGACUCCCGAGAGGCAAUUAAAUGGAUCGUAUUUAUAUUCACAGAGGUACAUUUCCCCGCAAUAUCCCGAACGCUCUUUUAUGGGAUCUCGAACCGCUUCUAUAUUAUUAUCUGAUCCUUUGCUAAGGACGGCCAAUACCAACCUCACUUACAGUCCAAGUAAGAAUUUCUCUUAUUAUUCCCCCAGUAUAUCAAGAAGGAUUUCCUAUAGAACGGAUUCAAUGAAAUCUCUAGAUAGAGAACACCUAUUAUACAACCACUACCUUUCAAAUUAUCCUCCUUACUCACCAGCAAGAAGGCAGCGGAUGUCAGAGGAUCAAUUUUUGGAUAUUGUGUUCCGUAUACAGGCGAUAUCUAGAGGGGCCAAUUUGCGCUAUGGAAUAUAUUUAAAGAAAAAAACAUUCGAGCUUUUUGAUGAAGAAAUCUCAAUAUUCCAGGCUUGGUGUCGUGCUGGAUCUCUUCGAAAACAAUAUUCAUUGAAACUAAGGCCCGUAUUAUCCGCUGAGUCCGAAGCCCAAAUUUUUUCACUCCAGUCCUAUAUUUCCGGCUACAUAUACAGGUCUCAUCUCGACAUUCUGCAAUUAAGAUGUCUGAAGAAUGACAUGGUUAUACGAAGGUUCCAAAAUAUCGUAAAAUCAGUCCUUUUGCGGCGAGCAUCACGGGAAGCGUUAACCAAAAUAUCUUUGUGCAGAGCUCCAUUAACCAAAUUACAAUCAUAUAUCCGGGGUUCUAAACUUCGUACAGACUUCGAUUACACUUACUCGAAUUUAAGGCGCGUGCAUUAUGAAGUGAUCCAUUUCCAGGCUCAUUGUCGUGGCUUAAACGUUAAGACGAGAUAUAAUUACGAGAUACAGUGUAGUUCUAUUCAUCGUGGAUUAUUGGAGGAAUGUCAGGCUACUUUGCGGGGUAUUGCACAGAGGAGAAAACUAUAUGAUACCUUGUUUGAGAUAGAUUUCUACGAUCUAGCCUUAGAUCACUUCAGUGCUGUCAUAAAAGGUGGCAAAGUCAGACACCAAUUGGAGGCCGUCAACCAGUAUCGUGAUUCUACCGAUCCGCUGACUUAUCUACAGGCUAGAGUUAGAGGUGUUCUCGCAAGAUUCGCGGUUGAAUUAAUCAAUGAUGCCGUGGAGUUGUACUCAAUUAACCAAUUCCAGGCAAUGCUACUAGGAGGUAAGCUGCGCUCUGAAUUACUAGCGAGCAGAAGGUAUUACAGGAAUAAUGUCCGUGUUGUCGUCCAGAUUCAGAGUGCAAUCAGAGCUUAUCAAAUGAGCAGUGCUUAUCAUGAACUUUUGAACUCCACUACUCCUAGCCUCUGGGCUGUCAAAAAGUUUGUCCAUAUACUCAAUGAAAAUGAGACAGACACUUUAUACUCCCAACUGCAUAAGAAGAAGGCCUUAGUGAAUGAUUGUAACGGUGAAAUCUGUCGUCUGCAGUCUACCAUCAGGACUUUGAUAACCAAGAAGUCAUUAUUGGAACAUAGAGGAAUUCAGGUAAGCAGAUAUCUAUCGCAAGCUGGAUUGAAGAGUCUUGAAAGGUUUUCAGUUGAGCGGGCCUCAAAGGAUGUAAUGCAACAAAAUUCUCUUUACGAAAGAAUAUGCUACCUGUUGCAAGUUGACUCUUUUUAUUGGAAAUUACUCUUCAAACUGGAGCCAUAUUCGUGCAUCAAUUUCUUGCCGAAACUCUUUUCCCCCACCAGUGGUAAGAUUUCGCACCGUGAAAACCUGCUAUUUAUCAAAAUGAUAAUGGAUUUGAUGCUUGAUGAAUUAGACGAGACGCCAACAGACUUUUUUUUAUCAUCCAGAAAUUCAAAAUCCCCAUGGCGUCUAUUGUUAGCUGAAUAUCUGCCCCGGCAUAAAAACUCAGAUACCGUAUACCUAUUCGGUACUGUUCUGGAGAGCCUCUCGGAACCAGGCACCGACUUUGAAAGUGUCCCCGCAAAUAUAUGGAAAUUUCUGCAUCCUGGUGAACCGAUGGUCGCUUCGCACAUUGCGAUAGAUGAUCCGUUGACGAAUGCGAAAUAUGUAGAGAAUAUGAUGAAUAUUUGGAACACUACCGAAUCGGUUAGGAAUAUCCUCAUGGUAAUGAUCGAUUCCAUCCCUAUGGAGAUAAAAUAUCUAUGCACGAAGGCUUUUAGGGCAGUUGCAGAUAGAAGCACUGAUAUUUAUGAUCCGCUGAGAGCUAUAUCCAUGGUUCUCAUUGAGCACUUUGUGAACGGGUUUUUCAUGAAUCGGGCAUCUUAUGGGUACCAGGAUGAUGUUCAAGAUUUGGAAGACAAAAUUCAGGUACUAUGCAGCGCUCUUUCAACCAUUUUCAAUUUACGGGAAUUUAACGGCUAUUAUUCUUCAUUGACACCUUAUGCCGAGGCUAUUAAACCUGAUGUUGUUCUUUUAUUGAAAAGUAUGUUAAUUUCGCCAGAUUUUGAAAACGAAUGCGAUAGUAUUGUGUAUAGGGACAUGGGAUCUACCGAAAGACCAUUCAUGGUCAUGAAACAGGAGUACCUGGAAAAUAUGAUUAAAACAUUUAUCUCUCAUCAAUCAAUAUUUCCACAUGAUGAUGCUAUUGUCGAACUAUUGAAGCAGAUGGAAAAGAUUUUUGAAACCUCAGUCACAAAGAUGUCCGGCGUAGUCGAAGUUGAACUUGACCCUACGGUAUACCACGUCCCCCUUGAGGAUGAUAGGUCCGCCUUACUGUACAAUGAGACCAAAAGAGGUAUUUCUUACUUGAUUCAAGUAGAGGAUGUUGAGACAAACCUAAAUGACUUGCUCACUAGUUCUGUCUUCCCAGAAGAUGAUAACGUCUUUACUCAAUUAUUGCUAAAGUAUCCUGCUGUCAGGGAAGAUCUUGCUAAGAAAAAUUUGGAUAACACUGGGUACGUUACAUUUAAGAAGCAUGUUAUGCAAAGGGUCAAGGAACUGAAGCAUCUCGGUAUUAUUGACAGCGCCAAUAAUUACCAAUCUGUCCUCAAUGAUAUUGCAAACACAAUUAGGUCUCGAUCCUACGUCGGGCAUAUGAAUGAACGCGAGUUAAUAUUCAUGAAUGAUGUUUACGAACAUCUGAAACAAAAGGAAAAUUACAUGAGCUUAUUGUCGCAAGCGCUAUCUACUGCAGUAAGCAAAUCAGUUAAACAGAUUCAGAAAUGCGGACACUAUCAGCCCAUAAGAAAGAGCGGGCUCGGUAAUAAAAUUAAGGAUGCCUAUAGGAGAGUACAAGGUAAACACUCAGAUACCCCUAAUGGUAUCCACUAUACAUGGUCAGCUCGGCAGCUUUAUGAACGUGGGGUAUUGCGGGAUAUCAAGGGUGAAAAUUUGAAGGAUAUUGCAGUAACUUUCUUUGGAUCGAACGCGCCACGCUUUCCAGAUAUAAGUUUCAGGAUUGCGACACAGAAUGGCGAAAUCUAUAAUGUUGAUAUGUUUGUUGGCAGAAAACGCAACAUGAAGUACCGUGAAGUUAUCAAAUUCAAGGAACUACUGGAUAAGGAAUCAGAAGAUCCAGAAAGCACCAUAGUGCUUAUGCGUGGUAGGAGCGCAACUUUUAAAAUAUCAGCGCUAAUAGACCUACUUUGUGAAGUGUUUUUUAGGUAA